GGUUUCUUAGGACAAUUUCUUCUCUCUCUCUCUCUCUCUAUCGGCCUUUUUGGCUUUCUUUCGGUUCUGUCACUAAACUCAUCAGCCGUACCCUAGAAAUAUUAUCAACCUCGCUCAAGCCACUGAUCGGAGAUCGGAGAUCGGACAGGACGAGUUCCGUUUCACUUAUUGGCCGGAAAAACAAUUGUUUUACUUGCAACAGGUUUAUAUGGAGGAGGCGGCGAGGGAUGAACAACCCACUCAACCCCAAGAGCAAGGCGAAGGUGGUCCCCCACUUCCUCUGCCUCAAUCUUUAUCGGAAUCUCAAUUACAAGAAGGAGUAGAUGAUGAAGAGGAGGAAGAAGAAGAAGAAGGGGAAGAAGAGGACGAAGAACCAAAAAAUGAAGACGACGAAAUGAUUGCCAAAGUUCAGAAGUUGAUGGAGAAGGUUACUUCUUCGCCUGAUAACCCUAACCCUAUUGUCCUCCAUGCACUUGCCUCCCUUUUUGAAACUGAAGAGUCCAAAUUCAUGGAAGAGAAUGGCCAUGCCUCCAGCAAUAGUCGUGCUUCUCAUAACAUUGGACGACUGGGAACUGUAAUUCGGGAGAAUGAUGAUUUUUUUGAAUUGAUAUCUUCAACAUAUUUAUCCGAAUCACGUUAUGCUCCCUCUGUCCAGGCAGCCUCUGCAAGGCUUCUUCUCAGCUGUUCAGUGACAUGGAUUCAUCCUCACGUGUUUGAAGACGCUGUAAUGGACUCCAUUAAAGAUAGAGUGAUGGAUGACGCUGUCAACUUCUUGGGGGAAGAUCACAGUUCAAAGCAUGAUCUUGUGAGAAAGGCCUCAGAUUUUGAAAUGUCGAAGACCUAUUCUACAGGACUCCUUGCUUAUUUUCUAUCAGUCGGUGGCCCAAUUGUGGAAGAUGUUUUGACAUCUAAACUAUCUGCCAAGCUUAUGCGUUACCUUCGGGUUCGAGUCCUUGGGGAGAUAAGUAUUAGUCAGAAAGAUUCUGGUCACUUAACUGAAAGUAAGAAUGGGUCUUGUGCUAUCUGCACAAGAGGAAGAGAUGAAACUCGGAGUAAGGCUAGGCAGGUUUCAGAAACUACUCAUCUUGACGAUUCAAGGAUUAUUGAUGACAAGUCUUUAGAUGACCAAAGUGGAGAGAGGGAUCAGGAAAGAAGCAUAUGUGGUCAAGAACCUGGAGAAGCUGAUGGAAGAGAACUAAUGAAUGAUGGUGAUGACAGAUGGCAUACUCAUGAUGUGCGUGAUGUGAAGACCAAGUUUGUUGAUUUUGAUGAAAAUGCGAAAGAUGAUUCCUCUAGGCGUAAAGUUAGUCGUGGAUCAGUAAAAUCUAGAGGGAAGGGAAGAUCUACAGAGGGCUCUGUUGACAAUGAACAGGUAGUGACCUCACCAGGAUCAGGUAGCCGAGUGGGACUAGGACGAAGUACAAGAGAAAAGAGUUCAUCAAAAACUUCAGAUGUUAAAAAAGUGUCAGAUGCUAAGAAGUUUCUGGGAAAAAAUACUUGUGAUAUUUUACUGUUGGAAAGAGGAGAUAAUGAUGAGUGCUUCCAAGGAUGCAGAGUUGGAGCUACAGACUUUUCUGAUUUGGUGAGAAAAGCUGUUAGAUCUGCUGAAGCUGAAGCUAGAGCAGCCAAUGCACCUGAAGAAGCUGUUAGAGCAGCUGGGGAUGCUGCUGCUGAAGUUGUCAAAAGUGCAGCUUUAGAGGAAUUCAAAAUAACAAAUAAUGAAGAAGCUGCAGUUUUGGCUGCCUCCAAGGCAGCAUCCACUGUCAUUGAUGCUGCCAAUGUAACUGAAGUUAGGAGCUCCAGAAGUACGGAGGCAGAUUCAAUGAACUCAAAUGUCACAGAACCAGAAACGAAUGUGGAGGUUGAAGAAUAUUUUAUCCCAGAUGUUGAAUCCCUUGCUAAGUUAAGAGAAAAAUACUGCAUUCAGUGCCUUGAAAGUCUUGGGGAAUAUGUUGAAGUUCUUGGGCCUGUACUACACGAAAAAGGGGUAGAUGUUUGUCUAGCAUUAUUACAAAGGAAUUUGAAACAUACAAAGCCAUUGGAGGUUGCAAUGCUUUUGCCUGACAUAAUGAAGCUCAUAUGUGCCUUGGCUGCUCAUCGAAAAUUUGCAGCACUAUUUGUGGAUCGCGGUGGUAUGCAGAAACUACUUGCUGUCCCCAGAGUUGCUCAAACCUUCUUUGGUCUUUCCUCUUGCCUGUUCACUAUUGGUUCACUCCAGGGGAUUAUGGAACGUGUCUGUGCUCUUCCUUCAGAUGUUGUGCACCAGUUGGUUGAGUUAGCUCUUCAGCUUCUUGAGUGUCCGCAGGAUCAAGCGAGGAAGAAUGCAGCUGUAUUCUUUUCUGCUGCAUUUGUUUUCAGAGCUGUUCUUGAUGCUUUUGAUUCUCAGGAUGGCUUACAGAGAUUACUCUCUCUUUUAAAUGAUGCCGCAUCUGUAAGGUCAGGAGUAAAUUCUAGUGCAGGAUCACUCCGUGAUCGGUCACCUGCAGAAGUUCUGACAUCAUCAGAGAAGCAAAUAGCUUAUCAUACCUGUGUAGCUCUGCGGCAAUAUUUUAGGGCUCAUCUUCUUUUACUUGUGGAUUCCAUUCGUCCAAAUAAAAGCACCCGAAGUGCAGCUAGGAGUAUUCCUAGUGUCAGGGCAGCCUACAAGCCACUUGACAUCAGUAAUGAGGCUAUGGAUGCUGUAUUUGUGCAGCUUCAGAAGGACCGUAAGUUGGGUCCUGCAUUUGUUAGAACUCGAUGGCCUUCAGUUGAGAAGUUUUUAGCAUUGAAUGGUCAUAUUACUAUGCUGGAAUUAUGUCAGGCUCCACCUGUUGAGCGUUACCUGCAUGAUUUACUUCAAUACGCAUUGGGUGUACUUCAUAUUGUUACACUGGUACCUAGCAGCCGCAAGAUGAUUGUAAAUGCCACUUUGAGCAACAAUCGUGUGGCGGUAGCAGUAAUCUUGGAUGCAGCUAGUGUUGCCAGCAGCUAUGUAGUCCCAGAGAUCAUUCAGCCUGCACUAAAUGUGUUGGUUAAUCUUGUUUGCCCUCCUCCUUCACUCAGCAAUAAACCUCCUUUACCUGCUCAUGGCCAACAGUCUGUUGCUGCACAAAUAAAUGGCCCUGGUGUGGAGAAUAGAGAUAGAAACAUAGAGCGAAGUGUCUCAGAUCGAGCUAUGAAUGUGUCCAGCCAUAAUGAUCGUGGUGGAGAAUCCACUAGUAUCGAUCGAGGCAGUGCAGCAGCACUCAGUACACAAUCCAACAGUAGCAAUGCACAGGCUCCACCCUCCACACCAACUUCAGGGUUGGUUGGAGAUCGUAGAAUAUCUUUAGGUGUUGGAGCUGGUUGUGCUGGUCUUGCUGCACAAUUAGAACAGGGAUAUCGUCAGGCGCGAGAGGCUGUUCGUGCCAAUAAUGGUAUAAAAGUUCUGCUGCAUCUUCUUCAACCGCGUGUUUAUUCACCUCCUGCUGCUCUUGAUUGUCUCCGUGCACUUGCUUGCCGAGUUCUACUUGGUUUAGCAAGAGAUGAUGCUAUUGCACACAUAUUGACAAAGCUUCAGGUUGGGAAAAAGCUUUCGGAGCUUAUUCGAGAUUCAAGCACUCAAACACUUGGAACUGAUCAAGGGAGGUGGCAAGGUGAACUUUCUCAGGCAGCAAUUGAGUUAAUCGGGAUUGUAACAAACUCAGGGCGUGCUAGUACGUUGGCUGCUACUGAUGCUGCAACCCCUACGCUGAGGCGCAUAGAAAGAGCAGCUAUAGCCGCUGCCACCCCAAUAACAUAUCAUUCAAGGGAACUUUUACUCCUAAUUCACGAACAUUUACAGGCAUCUGGUCUGGGUUCAACUGCUUCAACACUGCUUAAAGAGGCCCAGUUGACACCUUUGCCAUCUUUGGCUGCUCCUUCCUCUCUAGCACACCAGGCUUCCUCACAAGAGGGCUCCUCUAUACAAUUUCAGUGGCCCUCUGGUCGUACGCCUUGUGGAUUUCUCACCAACAAAUCAAAGCUUAUUGCGUUGGAUGAGGAUGCAAGUUUAAAGUGUAGCCCCAGCUUCAAUUUUCCGAAGAAGAAACAAUUACUUUUCUCACCAAGUUUAGGCUCACAGACUAGAAGUGAUUUGUACGCAGCAUCAGUUAGGAAGAUGCUUAGUGCUUCGAAACAGUAUACUGGUGUAUCAGAAACUCCAUCAGAGUCCUUGUUAAAAUCUAAUAUGGAUGCAGAAUCUCAAUGUAAAACUCCAAUCCUGUUGCCAGCAAAGCGUAAAUUAUCUGAUUUAAAGGAUUCUGGGUUCAUGUCUUCUCUUGGAAAACGUCUCCACACUAGUGAGCAAGGCUUUAAAUCACCUACUUAUCCAACACCAAAUACUGGACGUAAAAUUGGUUUAUCAUUUGAUUCCAUGGGUUUCCUCUCACCUAGUUCUAGCUUGAGAGAUCAUGGACGUCCAGUAGCAAGUGGAUCUACAUCAGAAUUCGUGGAUGAUACUCAAUUUUGCAAUACCUACAUGGGUAUGGUGACACCAUCCUCCCAAAUUGGGCUUCACGGUGAAAUUCAGAACAGUAACACAGAGCGGUUGACUCUAGACUCCCUCGUUAUACAGUAUUUAAAGCACCAACAUCGUCAGUGCCCUGCUCCUAUAACAACACUCCCACCACUCUCUCUCUUAAACACCCAUGUUUGUCCUGAACCAAGACGCAGCCUGGAAGCUCCUUCUAAUGUAACGGCUCGUCUUGGUACACGAGAGUUUAAAAGUAUGUAUGGUGGGGUUCAUGGGAAUCGCAGAGAUCGUCAAUUUGUGUACAGCAGAUUCCGGCCAUGGCGAACUUGUCGGGAUGAAACUAGUGCCCCUUUGACGUGCAUUACAUUUCUCAGUGACUCAUCUCAUAUUGCGGUAGGAACCCAUUCUGGAGAGCUCAAAAUUUUUGACACAAAUAGCAGCAGCGUAUUGGAGAGCUGCGCAAGCCACCAGUUUCCUUUGACUACUGUACAGUCCUAUCUAUCAGGGGAGACCCAACUGGUCCUUUCUUCUAGUUCUCAGGAGGUGAGGUUGUGGGAUGCAUCUGCUAUUGGUGGAGGGCCCACAAAUUCAUUUGAAGGGUGCAAGGCUGCAAGAUUUAGCAACUCUGUAGACAUUUUUGCAGCUUUGCCAGCAGAGCCAGGUCGAAGAGACAUUCUCCUAUAUGAUAUCCAGACUUGCCAGUUGGUACUGAAACUGUCGGACACAUUAGCCAAUUCACUGGGUCGGUCUCAUUUCUAUUCAAAUGUACACUUCAAUCCCACUGACACUAUGUUGUUAUGGAAUGGAGUACUGUGGGACAGGCGGAUAACCAAUCCUGUUCAUCACUUUGAUCAGUUUACGGAUUAUGGUGGGGGCGGCUUUCAUCCUGCUGGGAAUGAGGUCAUUAUCAACUCUGAGGUUUGGGAUCUUAGAAAGUAUAGACUCCUCCGUAGUGUUCCUUCACUCGACCAAACAUCAAUUACGUUUAACGCACGUGGUGAUGUAAUCUAUGCAAUUCUGAGGAGAAAUCUUGAGGAUGUAAUGUCAUCGUUCAACACACGUCGGAUGAAGCAUCCUCUGUUUUGUGCUUUCAGGACAGUGGACGCAGUUAACUACUCUGAGAUUGCUACAAUCCCUGUGGAUCGUUGUGUCCUCGACUUUGCUGCGGAGCCUACUGAUUCUUUUCUUGGGUUGAUUACAAUGGAUGAUCAGGAUGAGAUGUUUGCUGCAGCCAGGGUGUAUGAGGUCGGUCGUCGAAGACCAACUGAUGAUGAUUCUGAUCCGGAUGAUGCUGAGAGUGAAGAGGAAGACGAUGACGACGAUGAAGAUGAUGAUGGUGACAUUGAUCCCUUACUUGGUCCAGAUCUUGAUGGGGAUGGGGAUACCGACAUUGAUGAUAUGAGCAAUGAUUCUGAUGACGACGAUGAUGUUGAUAGUUUGACGGGUCUUGAGGAUGACGAUGAUGACGAUGGGGAUUAUGUAGAUUUCGAGGGGGGCCCUGGAUUACUGGAGAUUGUAACAGAUGGUGAUGAUGAUGAUGAUGGAGAUGAUAGUCAGUUGGUGGAGUCUUUUAGUAGUGAUGAGGAUUAUGUAGGAAACGGUUUUGGUUACUGAAUAUAAGGUUACAAAUUGGCCAGGGAAGGGGGAUAUUACUAGUUAGCGAGAUUAUGUAAAUUAUUGUUUUACCGGGGCUAUAACCCAUGGUUGUUUUUCUUCUUUUCAUAAUUGAUAAACAAUCUUGAUUAUUUAUACAAGUAUUCUUCUGUUGAUUACUA